UCGCACAGUUUUCAACGGGAGAGAACGCACGACUCCAGAAGUAAGUGCAGGGCCGCCAAAAUGGAGCUUUGACAGAGCGCACUUCUCUUCAGGCAUUGCUCCAUUAGCUGGCUGACAUUUUCGUUUUACAAGGCAUAAUUUGUUUGAUUUUAUUUUCCUCCUCCAAGCGUUAAAAGGACUCACAGCCCAGACAUGCAAAUGGUCCAGCUGCCUCGUCUAUAUUUCUACAUUCUUGCAUACGUGUCAAGAAAUGGGGAUGAAAAUGAGAAUUUUUUUUUGCUUGUAUCUAAUAUUUUUAUUUGAUAGGUUAAAAUAAUCUUGGCUUGAGCUCAACAAUCUAGUAGCGUAACACCAAAGUUUUUGAUCUGCUUUUUAUUAUUUUAUUUUAUUGGCAGUAGAUUGAAAGAGCAGUUGUAGAGAGACAAAGACAGCUGAAAGAGUUGUCUAAAAUGGAGAAGAAUACAUUUGAUCAUUAGCCGAAAUCGGCCGUUUUUCCUGUGUUUGCAGUACUGGAAAAGAGUACUAAAUGCUUGAGUGUUUUGUGGACUCAUCCAUUGGUAAUAGUUGGCGGCUUGUAAAGGUGAGGUAAAUGAGAUUCUCUUUUCCAUCUUAUUUUGUAAUGCCGGAUCAAUUGUGAUUACGGGAACGGCUUACUUUUUAUAGGUUUAGCAGGGGGUUUUUGUGAACCAAAUUACUAUUGAUUGAAAUACCCAUGUUGUGUUGCCGUAUGUUUGGAUGUUAUAGUUAGAGAUGCUGGGUUAAAUAUGUAUGCAGAAUGUAGAGGCACAGACAGGGUACACAAACUGUUUGACAAAAUGGGAUAUGCACAUAAUGGAUUUGGCGGUGAAUCCCAAAUUUUGUCCAUUAGCAGACGACGAGCUCACUGAAGUGUAGUUUUGGAGCUCGUAUGGUGGGUUAUAGCUUGCAAUCAACAGGAAAAAGAGUCUCCAUGAAGGUAGUGACAAUGUUUUGGCUUUAUUUGCCGCGAGUACUUUGCCUAAGGCCAAAUGCUUAGGACUGUUUCUCAAAAGCGGGUGUGAAUUGUGACAGAGUUUGUUUAGGCAUGCUGUCAAAUACUUUGCAAGGCAUUGUUCCUAUGCGUGGAUGAUUGUAAUUAUGAGAUUGUCUAUUGGUUGUUAAACUCCUAGGCUAAAACUGAUAGUAUGGACAUGCAAGAUGUGAGGCAAGGGAGAAUUCCAUUCAAUAAUUUCAGUACAUUCAGAGAGAGGAACACUAAGGUUUGUUCUCUAGCCAGGAUGCUUGGGGACAAGGUACCUGUGAGUGAAAAAGCAGACAAAAGGAGAUUUUCAGGGCCAGAUUCAGUGAGAGAUGUGUUAUCCGAUAUGAUCACAAUUGUAGAGGAAGAAAACCUAGAGCAAUACAAUUCCACUAAUUUUCUUUCUAUAGAUGAAUAUGAGGAGCUUUCCUUUCCGAGCUCCCUGCAGCCUGGUUGGAUUUAACGAUUUUGCUAAGCAGGGAGGUGCGGAAUGGAAUGACAUUGCAGAUGCGAUGUGGAACUUUUUGUCUGAAAGUUUUGCAGGGUAAUCCCUGUUAACUUGUUAUUGAACAAAACCAAGUGAACAAGUUUAGAGAGAUUGGCUAUGGAGAGAGGAAUCUCACCUUCCUUGGGAUCACUUUCUUCCCUUUCUUAUCUUGACCUCGGUUACAACCUACUGAAUGGCACAUUUCCGUCCAUAAUUUCAGAUCUUGUUAACUUAAAACCCUUUAUCUAGACUCCAUAAAUUUAAGAGGCUCUAUUUCCUUCUCUCUAUUUGAUAAUCUCACAAAACUUGAGCUACUGGUUCUUUCUUUCAAUCACUUGACUGUGAGCAUUGAUUCAGCAUGGAUUCCACCGUUCGAGAAGCUCCGCUUUUUGGGACUAGGUUCUUGCAGUUUAGAUAAAAUUCCAUCAUUCCUUGUGAACCAAACAUCUGGACCUAUCCCUUAACAGUAUGACAACUAUUCCAUCCUGGAUAUGGAAAUUACCCAGUCUUGAUAAAUUGAACCUUAGUUAUAAUCAAUUAAAAGGUUCACUACCGUCUAGCCUAACAUCCAGAGCUUAUUUGUAUCUGGAUUUGCACAAUAAUAACUUACAUGGCGCUCUUCCGCUUCCUCCUCCUAGUGUUAAAGUGCUGGACCUGUCAAUGAAUCAGUUCAAUGGUUCUAUUCCAACUGAUAUUGGUGCAUAUAUUCAAGAAACAGAUUUCUUAUCCUUGUCGAGCAACAAUCUCAGCGGAGCUAUUCCAGUUUCUAUCUGCACUUCAGAUUUGCAGGUCCUUGACCUUUCAAAUAAUAUGCUAAGCAGUAUGAUUCCUCCUCAUUUAACCAGGAAUUGCUCCUUUCUCAGAGUUUUAGAUCUAGCAGAAAAUCAUCUGGAAGGUAAAAUGCCAGCAGAAUGGGGAAACCUGAAAGAGAUUAAUACAUUGAAGCUAUCCGGUAAUCAGUUGAGAGGAGUUAUUCCCUCAUCCAUGGUAAAAUGUCAAUCUCUACAAGUAUUGGAUUUGGGAAAUAAUAAUUUGGAAGGUACAAUCCCCCACUGGAUUGGAAACCUAUCACAACUGCACGUCUUGAUAUUGAGGUCUAAUAAAUUUCAAGGUACUAUUCCACCCCAGCUCAUUGACCUUCCAAAUCUACAAAUUCUGGACCUUUCUAGCAACCAUCUUUCAGGGCCCAUUCGAAGCAACCUCACAAACUUGCUUGCAAUAGGCAAUGCAUCACAGAGUAAUCCAAAUCAUCUGGAACAACACACUUCAGAGAAAACUGUAAUUACAAUAAAUACGGUAUAUACAAAUAACAUUGCAAUUUCAUGGAAAGGUGGGCAUGCUGAGUUUCUGAAAGUUCUUUUCAUUCUUAAAUGUAUUGAUCUUUCAAACAACAAUUUGUCGGGGAGCAUUCCUCUCAAAAUGGGAUCCCUUCAAGGCUUGAUAACCCUUAAUCUUUCUAAGAAUCAUCUCAAUGGUCGAAUUCCAAAAACAUUAGGGGGCAUGGAUCAGCUACAGUCUCUGGACCUCUCGCUAAACAGGUUGCAUGGUGAAAUUCCGUUAGAACUUCAGUUGCUGAGUUAUUUAUAGUUCUUGAAUCUGUCUUACUAUAUGCUUGAUGGAAAAGUACCCCGCCGAGGGCAGUUUCUAACUUUUGGGGAGUCAUCCUACUUAGGCAAUCCUAAGCUAAGUGGAAUUCCUUUUAGCAACACAACAGUCUGCAACAACUCUUCUGGCUAUGACAACUGCACAAGCAUUGAUACAAGUGGUGAAGCAGAUAAUUCAGAUCCUGAUAUUACAAAGCAAAAAUAUCAAUUGAAAUCAUUUGUGUUGCUUUGGUCAAUCUUCAUAGUCUCUACAUAACCUCAACAAGAGUUACUAAUGAUCUCUUAGGAUAGAAGACUAACUCUGUACCAGAGCAUCUAAUCUGCUUAUCACUGACCAUUUCCUACUCAUUGCAUACAUUUGUCCCCAAUAAUGCAGCCUAGGCAGACAGAUAAACUAAUCACAAAUCUAUGCAUGCACCAAACAAAAGCAAAGACUCCUGGCAGGAACUUCGCUGCUUGCAGCCCUUGUUUUUAAAGUU